UUUUAAUUAACGUUUUAUUAUUUUCGUCUUCUGGUGUUUAUAUUUUUAUUAUUGUUUCAUUUCCUUCAGAUAACAAUAGAAAAACGAAUUCUAUGACUUUUAAUAAACUUGUCUUGGAUGGGAAACGUGCAAUUAACGACUCGUCUAAAGACGUGAUUAAACAUGGAAUUUUAUUGUUGGAACGGGCGCUUCUCAUCGGUUCCGAGGAUCAACAAAUAAUUGCUGAUAUCAAUCUUCAAUUAGGGAAUGCUUAUUUUUCUCUACACGAUUUUGAACAAGCAAAGAAUUUCUUCAUAAACGAUUUGACUUUUUCUAAGCAAUCAAAAAAUGAAGAGAAGGAGGCCGAAGCAUAUUCUAAUUUAUCUGUAGCUUACGCAAUGCUCCUUGACUUUGAUAGUUCAAUUUUUUGUGCGGGAAGAGCUAUUAUUCUAGGAGCAAGAUUAAAUGAUGAUAUUCUCAAAGGCCGUGGAUAUUAUAAUUGUGGCUUUGCCUAUUUACAAGAUGCAUUGACUUGUUCUGAGGCUGACAACUCGGAUGCAAAUGCUCAUUUGUAUAAUCAAUAUAUUACAGAGCAACUUCAAAAAUCUGUUUUUUCUUUAAAAGAAUAUUUGUCAAUUAUGGAAAGACAGCAAGAUAAAAAAAUUAGUGGCCUUGCUCUUGGAAAUCUUGCGAAUGCUUAUUUUUGCUUGUCUGAAUAUAAUAAGUCAAUUGAUUGCCUUGAAAAGAGAUUGGCAAUAGCUCGUGAAUUGGAUGAUAAGUCAGCUAUUGGUAUGACUUUGAUAAAUAUUGCAAAAGCUUAUAGUAAGCUUGGAAAUCAUGAACUUGCAGAGAGAAAUUUGCUUGCCGCCCAAAGAAUUUCAAAAGGACCUGAUUUUCCCGAGGAUCAAAGGCCGAAAAUUGAAGUUGAAUUGGAGAAUGUAAAUAAACCUUUAGAUGAAAAAAGGACAAUUGAUGAUUCAUUAUCGCUUUCAAGUAAGCGAUCACCUUCUAGUAGAGCUAGCAGCCAUAGGCGCAAAUCAAUUUUUAAAAAUUGGAAGAGUGUAACGAAUUUAGACUCACUUGUUUCGAGGAAGGCAAAAAAACGUUUUUUGCAAAACAAAGUUUCAACCGACCUCGGGGACGCAGAAAAUGACGGAGAAUUCAUGAUGUGUCUUAUUGAGCGGUCUAACAAACAACUUGAUGAUCAACGUGUUUGCCCAGAGAAGAUUACCAUCCCUUUAAAUUUUGAUGAUCAAAGUUUAAAUUCUGACUUUGCAUCAUCCAGCGGUAACAGCCGACGUCUUUCAUUGCCACGACAUACAUUGGCUAGUAUGAAGAGUGGCGCCAUCAAAAGUGUGACUAAUAUACCUAGAUUCUUUUCUGGAAAAAAUACAAAACGAUUUUCGAAGAAAGGGAAUGUUUCUGAUGAUGCCAGUUCAUCAAAGGGAGGUAGCUUGACUAGCCGAAUUUUAAAAAUGGAGGUUAAAGAUGACUAA